CAAAGCAGAGCAGCUCAGUGUGAAACGGCGUUAUGUGAGAGACUAGUGGAGAGAAAAGGAAACAUAAAUACAAUAGCAAAUAUACCAGAUACAAACAUAUAGCUGAGGAGGAGGAAGAGGAGGAGGAGGAAGAGGAGGAAGAGGAAGAGAAGUCACUUUGCUCAUCUGAUCUCACUUCCUGUUCAUCUCCGUUGGUGGCUGUACUUGACAACUGUUGCCAUGGGUGAAUUGGCUCAACUUCGGAAGGAGGUGGAGAACCUCAAGGACCAGAUCGCUGCGGCACGUAAAUCAGUGCAGGACACAACACUGCAGGAUAGCGUCUCAAGCACAGCUGCACUGGGAAAAGUUAUGCUCAAAUCCAGAAAGACACUGAGAGGACAUAUUUCCAAAAUCUAUGCCAUGCAAUGGGGCUCAGAUUCGAAACUCUGUUUGAGCGCAUCUCAGGACGGCAAAAUGAUCGUGUGGGACACCUACAGCACCAACAAGGUGAAUGCCAUCCAGCUCAGGUCUACUUGGGUGAUGACGUGUGCAUACUCCCCCUCAGGAAACCUGGCGGCAUGUGGUGGCCUGGAUAACAUGUGCUCUAUCUACAACCUGGUGCCAAAAGACGGCAACAUUAAGGUCACACGUGAGCUGGCUGCACAUACAGGUUAUUUGUCUUGCUGUCGCUUCCUGAGUGACACCGAGAUCAUCACCUGCUCUGGAGACUGUACCUGCUGUCUCUGGGACAUCGAGACCGGCGCACAGAAAACGAUUUUUGUUGGCCACAUAGGUGACUGCAUGUCACUGGGUUUGUCUCCAGAUUUUAAUUACUUCAUUUCAGGAUCAUGUGACUACACAGCCAGACUAUGGGACAUACGAGCUGCCCAGUGCAAACAGACAUUCUAUGGCCAUGAGAGUGACAUAAAUGCUAUUGGGUUCUUCCCCAAUGGUAAUGCAGUGAUCACCGGCUCAGACGACUCGUCCUGCAGGCUGUAUGAUCUGCGUGGUGAUCAGGAGCUGACCACUUACAAGGACUCUAGUCUCAUGAGCGGCGUCACCUCCCUUGCACCCUCACUUUCUGGCCGCCUCCUGCUGGCUGGCUACGACGACUUCACCUGCAACAUCUGGGACAUGCUGAAAGCUGAGAGAGUGGGAACACUGUCGGGCCACGAUAACCGAGUGAGCUGCCUUGGUGUGACGCCUGAUGGAAUGGCUUGCUGCACAGGAUCCUGGGAUAGCUUCCUGAAGAUCUGGAACUGAAAUACCUUUUCUGGAUGAAGAAAUAGGGGGGAAAACAUGAUUCAGGGAAACACCUGAGUAGGUUUUAAAUUUGGGUAUGUGGGCAGAGAGAGAGAGAGAGAGAGAGAGAGGGAACCAGAGAGAAAGAGAAAGAAAGAGAAUCUUAUCUAUAGGCACAUUUUGUUUUCUUAAAGAAUUUAUGCAAUA